AUGUCUUCAUCUACACUCCUAACCUUCCUACUGUUCUUCAGCAAAUACUGUACUCUUACCACUUCAAAACCACAACGUACCUUCUACACCAUCGACCUAGACUACCGUAACGGAAACUACACAACUACCGUAAGCGUAGGCACGCCAGGACAAGCAAUUGAAGCCGUCUUUUCGACCACAACAAAAGAAUCGAUUAUACCUAUUUUUGGCUGUGUUAAUACUAAUAAGAUUGAAAACUGUAAAACCAAGAAAAACGUUUUUGACUCUAAGAAAUCGACCAGUUUUAAGUCGACCAAAGGUCGUUUUAGCAACACUUUUAGUGGCGUUGAAGUGAAGGGAAACUAUGGUCAAGAUGUUGUUGAGGUAAGAACAGCAAAGCCAAACGCUUUAAACCUAACCUUUAUUUUUGAGAAUAGGAUUCCAGUUAGGAGUUUAAAACCUUAUUUUUAAGUGUGUUAAUUUUAAAAAUGAGCCUUUAAACCUAAAGCGCAUUUUUAGACCUAAUUCAAACGUUUAAGCUCCAAAUUCUAUUUAAUAAGUUUAAAAAUAAAGCUCAAACCCAAUAUUUCGUUUUCGAGCAUAAAAUUGCGUUUUUAAGAAUAAAAAUAUAUCUUUAAGCCUAACAUUUCAUUUUUAGCCUAAACUUCUAUAUUUAAACCUAAAAUUUUAUUUUUAAGCCUAAACUUCCAACUUAAGCCUAAAUUCCAUGUUUAAACCUAAAAUUUCAUUUUUAAGCUUGAUAGAUCAUUUUUAAGCCCAACAUUUAAUUUUUGAGCCUAAAAUUCUCAUUUUAAACCUAAAAUUUUAGUUUUAAGCCUAAACUUCCAUCUUAAGCCUAAAAUGUCAUGUUUAAACCUAUAAUUUCAUUUUUAAGCCUAAGUGCCACUUUUAAGCGUACAACCCACUUUUACGCCUAAAUUUCCAUUUUAAGCCUAAAUUUUGUUCCUAAGCUUAAAUUUUAACCUUUACGACUAAAAUUUCAUUUUCAAGCCUAAAACACAAAUUUAAACCUAAGCUUCAGUUUUUAAGCCUGACACUUACUUUUAAACUUAACAUUACAUUUCUAGGCUUAAACUUUCAAUUUUAAGCCUAAAAUUUCAUUAUCAAUAGAAACCAAACAAUUUCAGUUAACCUACUCCAACACCCCUCCGACCGGUCCAACCCACCCCAUUCGUUUCAAAACUGCCACUUCCACCAACGUUGCUCAAGGCAUUAUAGCCUUACCAUUAAUAUCAACAAAAAAGUUCGUAGAACAGUCAUCAUUGAUACACAAUGUUAUCAAUGGCUCCAGUGCUGAAGCCUUGUUCAGUGUGUUUAUGAAGAAAUGUGACAAAGCAGAGUGUAGUAAAAGUGGCAGAGUUACAAUUGGCUACAAAGAUACGGAGAACUGCCAAGACCAAGUAGCAUGGUACAAACUGAGACCUAGCGCUAGAUGGUCGUGGAAAGUCUCGGCGGACGCGGUUAAGGUCAAUGGUGAUGUUAUUAAGAAGAAGGUUACCACAGGUUUCGAUAUAAUGUUAGAUGUGAUUGAAAUGCCUCGAAAACUUCUGAAGGCUUUUUUGGACAAAAUUGAAUAUGGUGAAGAUAAGGUAAGUUACAUAGAAUAGUGUAUGGAUUACUGUAGAAAACCGAGCAGUACUUUAUAAAAGAUAUACAUUAAGAGUAGUAGGAUAAGAAAAAGUAAAGUAAGGUAAGGUAAGAUCAGGUAAAGCAAGUUAGGGUAAGGCAAGGUAGGGCAAGGUAAAGCAACAGACGGUAGAGCAAAGUAGAGCAUGAUAAGGUAGGAUAAGACAAAGUGGAAUAAGAAAAGAUAAGACAAAAUAAGGCAAGGUAGGGUAGGGAAAAGUAGGGCACGGCAAAGCAGUGAUAGGGCAAGGUAAGUUAAGGCAAGGAGUGCAAUGUAAGGUAAAGUAGAGUGGGGUAGGGUAGGGUAAGGCAGGGUAGGAUAGGGUAGGAUAAGGUAGGGUAGGAGAGGGUAGGACAAGGUAGAGUGAGAUAGAGUAAACCAAGGUCUAGUAGGUCAUUGAAAUCCACAUUUAAUUCUUCAGAACGGCUACACCGUGCCAUGUGAUACAAAACUGAAUUUGGAAAUUCAAUUAAAAGAUGACCUUUAUCCCAUUCCUCAAGCCAACUUGAUUAAGAGAGAAGGUAACAUCUGCAGAUUGUUGGUGAGAAAGGUCAGUGGACACAAGUUUAUCCUUGGCCGACCUUGGGCCAUUUCUUAUUGCCAGACCUUCGACAUCAACGGUCGAGACUACGGAAUUAGUGAUGUUAAAGCUGUUACAAAUAGCAAUAACCAAAAGAAGAAGAACACAAAUAAAGCUAAAAAAGAUGAUAAAGAAGAAAAGGAAGAUAAGAAUGAUGAUACGCCAAGAAGAAUCAAUCCAAGUGGAAAAAACUUGGAUAAAAUGGGAUUCUGA